AUGGCGAACCCGAAUGUUGCCGCACACCGAGCCCGCCGCGGUCUCGUCAGUCCUUUCCUCUCAAAAGCAAGUAUCCAAAAGCUCGACAAAAACAUUAUGAAGCACGUAAAAAACUUUGUGGAAAUAAUAAGUCCGACACCGAAGACCCUGGGUAAGGACUGUGAAAGGCUCAAAAUGGAAGUUGUUAUAAAACCAGGCGACGGAGUCAAUGUGACAAAGUUAUUGAGAAGGCUUACUGGGGAUGUGAUUAGUGAGUAUGGGUAUAGCGAAAGUUUUGGGCUAUUGUCCUCGGAUAAGAAUAUUUGGUUUAUUCAACCGAUUGCGGACUCUUUGGAGAUAUUUCAUUAUUUGCAAUUUGCGUGGCCGGUUACGUAUGCUAUGUCUGCUAUUCCGAAUUUUCUUUUGAAGACGGUGGUGCCUAGGGAGUUCAGGGGGUUCGCGGAACUUGAAUGGACACUUGAAGAACAAAUCGAUGGGUUUCUUCGAAACCCUGAUACUGCGAAGGCAAAAACAACUCACAAAACGAUAUUCGAAACUCUCGUUGAAGGUGAUUCGGAAAUUAAGCUAUCGAAACGUGCAUUAGUGGGCGACUCAAUGGUUCUCAUUGGUGCUGGAACAGAGACCACGGCGACUACAAUAGCAGAGGCAAUGUACAGAGCAUGCAUCUACCCGGAGCUGCAAGCACGACUUCACGAGGAGCUAGUCAAGGCAUUUCCGAACAAAACCGAUGAAGUAACUCUCGCGAAAGCAGAGAAGGUGCAAUAUAUCAUUGCAUUUCUGAAAGAAACACUGAGAAUAGCGGCGCCGAUACCGGGCAGAAUUGCGAGACAGACCCCUAUUGAAGGCGCAAUGUGCAAAGAGACAUUUCUACCUGGUCGUGUAAGUCUACAAUCCGCAAAUGGCGUUAAUCAGAAACUACUAGAUACUUUUACUGAUAGCUAG